AUGUGGCCAUUCACAAUCAAUUCGACCUUCACUCCUGCAACGGGCAUUAAAUCCCUUGAGGGGAAAGUGAUCCUUGUUACUGGUGGAAACAAUGGAAUCGGCAAAGAAACAAUCCUGCAGCUCGCCAAACACCAUCCACAAAAGAUCUUCAUGGCUUCUCGAACCGAGUCUAAAGCCCGAGACGCAAUAGCUUCUAUCAAGUCUCAAAAUCUCCAGGAUGUGGACAUCGAAUAUCUUCCAUUGGACUUGUCUUCACUUCCUUCUGUCAAAUCGGCAGCCGAUCAGGUCAUGCGCAAUAGCGAGCGACUAGACAUCCUCGUUCUCAAUGCUGGAAUCAUGGCCGUGCCACCCGGGAAAACAGCAUCGGGACAAGAUAUCCAGCUUGGAACCAACCAUGUCGGGCACUUCUUACUCACCAAACUUCUUCUCCCCACACUCGAGAAAACCGCCAGCCAACACUCCUCCGACGUGCGUGUGGUUUCAGUGUCCUCAGAAGCCCACAACAUGGCUCCCAAUCUCGCUACAAUGCUCUCCACGGAGAAACUGACAGCUACAAGCCCGUGGGUACGGUAUGGUGCAUCAAAGGCAGCCAACAUCAUGUUUGCAGCUGAACUCGCUCGCCGACAUCCACAAUUUACCUGUGUCUCUCUCCAUCCGGGUAUGAUCAAGACCGACUUGUACGUUCCGAACACCGAGUCCAACUUUCUUGUGAGGUAUGGAGCUAUGAUCUUUGGCCCGUUGAUCUUUCAGGACAUCGCGCAUGGUGCCUUCAACCAACUAUGGGCCUCGGCUGGAACAGACAAGGCUGAAAUCGCCAAUGGAGGUUACUACACACCUGUGGGCAAAUUGAGAAACAACAAGUGGGCUAGUGACGUCGAGGCAGGAAGGAAGUUGUGGGAAUGGACUGAGAAGGAGCUUGCGACUGCUGGAUACUGA